CCGAGUGUCAGUGCCGUACGUUCAGUUCCGCGAUGGUCGCGAAGCGGCGUGCGUUCUUCUGUGCGGUUGCUGCUCCUGUAAUUUCUGCUGCGUCCGUUGUUGUUUUUACGAUCCCGACCACCGAUUAUUGCCGCUUUCGUCUUCGCCGCAGUUGUGCCCGGACGACUUGAGCUCGAAACCGUUUUCGAUUUGUGUUUCUAUGUCAAUAAACAAAGCGUUUCGAAAAUCGGUUGGAAAAUCAGUUCAAAAUCAUAUUAUUUAUGUUGAAAAAAAAUAUAAAACCAGAGAAGCGUCUCUGCUGUAUAGGAUCAUUAUCAGGCACACGUGUCUCCUCUGUCUAGAUCAGGCACUACCGGCGUACCUAUAUUAUUAUCAUCGCUAUCUAUAAACACAUUGUGAGGUUAUUAAGCACCAUAUUUCACUACCAUUUUCUCUGUCAUCAUGUCUUACUCGGUUACCGGGAUCGGUAUCGGCGGUCAGACCGCGGUCGCUGCGCUACCAGAUGGCUGUUCAACGAUUCCGAACACACCUGAUGUGAUCAAUACUCUCAUAUCCAUGAUGGACCCAUUCCAAAGCUUCUCCGCCAACUCUGAAGACUCGUCCGGCUCGACGUGUUCUCCCGUGUCGACGUGUUCCCCUGUGUCGACUUGUUCUCCCGUGUCGACUUGUUCUCCCGUGUCGACGUGUUCUCCCGUGUCGCCGACGGCCAGGAUGCAGGGCAUCUGUUCCAGUCUGAAGAUCAAGGAGGAACUCAAGAUGGCCAUCCGGUCCAAGCAGAGGAACGCGGUGACAGCAACCGCGACAUCGACUUGCGCCGUUGGAAGUCCGGUGGAGACUGGCGGAACGAUCACUUCCGGUGCGUGUGCGAUGAUCGUGGCGGCCACGGCGUCGGCUGGUUUGGCAGCCUCGUCGCCGGGAGGUGGGUACGCGAAAAAACGACGGACCGACGAGGAGUCUCACGGCGACGACGACUACGACGACGACGAUGGAGAUGAUGUAUCAUCCCAUGGCGAAGGACUAACGGCCGAGGACGAAGAGAGGAGAAGAAAGCGGCGGGAACGCAACAAAAUAGCGGCGACCAAGUGUCGGCUGAAAAAACGCGAAAAGACUACGAAUCUGAUGCAAGAAUCGAACGUGUUGGAGACGAAAAACUACGACCUAAAGUCGCAGAUCCAGGAGCUGGAAACGCAGAGGAACGAACUGAUGAAGAUGCUCUCGGCGCACCCCUGUGCCAAAAGGCACCCUCGGCAGCACCAACAGCACCAGCAGCAGCAGCAGCAGCAGCACCACCACCAGCAGCACCAACCACAGCACCAGCAGCAGCUCCAAGAGCAGUACUCGGUGGAACCUUAUGCGAACGACCCCUAUCGCCAACACGGCCACGUGGCCGUCGACCCACCGGUACUUAAAGACACCAUGUUCAACGGCGGCUGCGGUUACGCUCCGGUGGUAUCGGUGGCCGACCAACCCGCCGGCGUGUACCACCGACCGUCCACUACGGCGGCCGCGUCCAUGGCCACCGUUCCCUAUCCAAACGUGUGCGUCGGGGGUGCCGGUAAUGUUUACGGGUCUUGCGUCGACGAAUUGUACGACUACAAUAAAGACUUGAUUUCCGGCGGGGGCGGAGGACCGCCCGACUUAAGUCAUCAGUUCUACGACCACGGUAUAUGUUGAUAUUAAGCAGUUUACCGAGUAUUUUCUUUUUUUUUUUUCACGCCCACCCACCAAAUAAGUCCGAUUUUCAAACAUCGAAAUAUUAUUAUUAUAUUAUGUUAGUUUCUUACGGUUUAUUUAAUAACAGAACAUUAUAUGUACACAAUAAAAUAAUGUUCAAAAUAAUAUAAUAAUGUCUUCGAAAUUAUAAUAUACCCAUGCUCACUCUGCCACCUCCUUCCCGAGCGUGUGGGAUGUUGGUUAGGACGAAAACCAUUUUUACACCUUUAAUAUUGACAUUAUAUUACUUUAUUAUUAUUAUUUUACUGUUAUUAAUAUUCUUCUUAUUUUUUUUUUUUAUUAUUAUAUUGAUUACGAGUACUAGUUACCUAGAUAAAAUAUAUGUGAUUACAUGGAAUUAUUAAGUGCUAACAUGCGUAUGAGUAAAUAUAUAUUUUUAUAUACAUGAUUAUACAUUAUUUAAUAUUAUAUUAUUAUUAACUAUAUUUUGAAAAUGCGUGUUUGUAUUAUUUAUAUUUUUGCCGAGUCUACGAACGUUGUCCGUAUAAAUAUUAAUUAUAUAUUAUAAUAUAUCUGGCGCAUGCGUAAUAUUAUUAAAAUCGGUAUACUCUACUUAUAUCAAUUCGGCAUGGGGAAUAAAAUAUUAAAAAUUUAAGUCCCAGCAUCGAUUACUAUUAUAUAUUAAUAGUAAUCG